UGGCCAGGAUGGCUGGCGUAAACCAGGUCCCAUACUAGCAACAGAACGUAAUGUACUGCAACAGAACGAAGGCUGGAUUGUCUCUAGUAGUUUCCAUUUGUUUGAGGUUUUUAUAUUGUUGCAGUUAAGGUCAGGUCUUAGCUAGAACACUGUGAUGUAUCCAUAUAAUUCAACGUUUUUGAUUUAGCGAUUUUUUAGCUUGCAAAUCUGCUAUAUCUAGAUAACCAGGCGGAAAGCUUCUGAUGGCGGAUGAACCUGGGGAGAAAUCACAUGUGCUUGGCCUCCUAGCUAAGCGUCACCAACUGCAAUUAACAAGUGUUCGACACAAGACAACAAUCCAGUAUGCCACACGGCCAGACCUGCCCAAGCUGGCCUACAGGAAGCUGACAGGGAAGAGUCCUGGAGUGGUUUUCCUGCCUGGUUUUGCCUCCAACAUGGGUGGUCAGAAAGCAGAAGCCUUAGAGGAGUUCUGCAAGUCUUUGGGCCAUUCGUACCUCAGGUUUGAUUAUUCUGGCUGUGGGUCGUCCGAAGGGGAAAUGGCAAACUACACCAUGGGUGCUUGGAAGAAGGAUGUGCUCUUCGUACUGGAUGAACUAGUAGAGGGGCCACAGAUUCUGGUGGGCUCCAGCAUGGGUGGUUGGCUGAUGCUGCUAGCAGCUCUUGCACAACCAGAGAAGACCGCUGCUAUAGUGGGCAUCUCAACAGCUGCAGAUCACUUUGUCACAUCAUUCAACACGCUGCCAAUAGAGACCAAGAAGGAAGUAGAGGAGCAGGGCUCUUGGAAAUUCCCGACCAAGCACAAUGAAGAGGGUUUCUACACUCUGAGUGUGAACUUUCUGAGAGAGGCAGAAAACCACUGUGUACUCCAGAGCCCAAUCCCUGUUACCUGUCCGGUACGUCUGAUCCACGGGCUCAAAGACUCUGAUGUACCCUGGCAUGUCUCCAUGCAGGUCGCAGAGCGGGUACUUAGCAACGAUGUGGACGUUAUUCUUCGCAAACAUGGGCAGCAUCGCAUGUCAGAGAAGGAUGAUAUUAAGCUCAUGGUGUACACCAUUGAUGACCUUAUUGAUAAACUGACCACACUGGGGUGAGGAUGGGUGUACUCAUGUAAAAUAUGGAUCAACAGGUGUAUGGAAAACCUCAUUUGGAGGUAGGGUUUUAAAUGCAGAAAGCCAAAUUAACUGAAAGGGUUAGUUGAUACAAAAAUAGAAAUUCUGUCAUCAUGUACUCACCCACCCUCAUGUUGUUCUGAACUUGUGUAACUUUCGAUCUUCCAUAGAACACACAAGGAUUUGCAUACAGUGAAAACAUGGAUGAUUAAGUAACCUGUCAAUAAAAUGUAACCCCAAAUCAAUACAAAUACAUAUAUAAGGGUAUGUGUAUGUAUGUGUGUGUGUGUGUGUGUGUGUAUAUAUAUAUAUAUAUAUAUAUAUAUAUAUACACCCAUAUA